UUGCGUAUGUUCAAAGCUUUUUUUGUAUACAUUAAUACGACGUAUCAACCGAACGAAAUAUAUAAGAGCUGCAUCUUGAAACUAUUCGUUUUCGUUUAAAUAAUUUCCAUCAAAAUCAAAUUAAAUUGAAAUAAAAAAAAAUGGAUUCAACUGAGCCAACAUCGUCGUCCGCUUUUCAAAUUCAAAUGAAUCGUCCGACUUCGGCUGAUCAAUCCCAAUACGACGACAAAGUGAAUAGACUGCAGACGCUCUACAACGAUCAAAAGGCAGAAUUGCCUGCUAACGACCCCACACUUCUCGAAACAAUGCAUAAAUUAGCCAUUGCUAUGGGUGGUCAAGGAAAACUAGACGAUUCGCUAAAAUUGUACCAACAAAUCCUUGAGAUUCAGACAGUAAAAUUGAGUGCUGACGAUCCUCUGCUACUUCAUACAAUGGAUAACAUGGCUGUUAUAUUAGCUGAUCUUGGUCGCCCGGAGGAAGCCGUUAAAGUUCAACAAAAAGUUUAUGACAUCAACAAGAACAAAUUAUCUCCACAAGAUCCACAAUUACUAGCUACAAUGAACAAUAUGGCUGUGACACUAUCGGAGUUAGGACGGUACGAUGAAGCUGUGGACAUGUACCAAAAAGUAUAUGACGCUCAAAAAAAUAGAUGUGAACCGAACGAUCCUAUUUUAAUUACUACAAUGAUGUCGAUGGCCCUUGCCCUAAUUGGGCAGAAAAGGUUGAAUGCCGCUGCUGAAAUUUAUCAAAAGGUUUGCGAUAUCCAAAAAAUCACUUUAAAACCGGAUGAUCCAGAACGCCUCCGAACUAUGGACCAUCUUGCUUUUACUCUGAGCGAGCAAGGAAAAUUUGAUGGGGCGAUAAAAUUGUACCAAGAAAUUUUGGAAAUGAGGAAAAGUCACGGAGAAAACGACGCGUCGUCCAUAGUCAAAGUCAUGUUCAAUAUCGGUAAAGCUAUGGUGCGGCAGGGAAAGUGUGACGAGGGCAUCGAAAUUUUCCGACAGGCCUAUGAUGUAGAAAAGGAAAAUUCUAUUGCACCGGCCGCUUCAUUACUAUUUCCUGAAAUGCAACGUCUGGCCGCAUCUGCGCUUCAAGCACGUUGCUUGGAUCCUUCAUAUAAAGUGUACAAGCAAUUGUACUUACUUCUGAAAGAAAAUUGUUUACCAACCGAGACAAUGCUGUUAAGAACAAUGAAUGAGUUGGCAUUUGUGACGCUUCAGCUUAGAAAAUAUCUAGAAGCAAUGGAACUGUGUGAAAAUAUUUACACCGUUCAGGCUACAGUUUUGGAAGAAAAUCAUCCGAUACUGCGCAACUUGAGGGAAAAGAUUGCAUUUAUUUCGACUAGAAUCUGAUCAACAUGAAGUAAGUGGAGAACUCAAUGAGUGUAGAGUCCUAGAUGGACUCGAGUGCAGAAAAAUGAUUUUUGUAUAUUACCAUUAGCACUGAGCCAAGCUUUGUUCAGUGUCAUGAUGUUACUAUUACAUUUUUUUUAAACAUCUUUGGCUGUUAGCUAAGAUUUUAUAGAUUUUCUAAAUUUUAUCGUUCUGAAAUAAAAUUUGUUUACUUAA